GACAGGCAGACAUAUAGACAGAGAAGAGACGGAACCUUGAGCCAGAGUCAGAAGAGUCUGGGAGAGAGAGAGAGAGAGAGAGGGAGCGCGACGCAGACAGACAGAAAAGGAGGUGCUCGCGUGAGGACGAGAGCGAGCGAGAGAGAGAGAAAGAGAAAGAGGGGCCAAGCGAGCGAGAGAGCGAGCGUCAGGCCCUUUACUUUCUUGCUGCUGCUGCUGCGGCUCUUUCUUUCGUCGCCCUACCUUUCUUCCUGUCGUCAUUCCUCGUGCCGUCGUCUUUCUUUCUUUCUUCCUUCCUUCCUUCCGCGGUCUAGUCUCGGCCCAUUCUCUCUCUCGGCCCAUUCAUCCCAAAAGCUCUUUCUCUCGCUGCAGCUCGUGGCCCGCGGCGGCCAGCGUGAGUUUGCCCCGAGUGCCGAAACUCGGGAGACAGAUUUCGCCGUGAGCGUGACCGGAGUAGGGGCGGUGAGGUGAGAGCACCUGGCGACGUUGACACGACUUCGCUGCGCCGCUCGCGAGUCCCGUCAUCUCGGCUGCAAUUUAUCCGCCUCUGCGGAUGCUGUGUUCUGGGAAUCCAUCUCCACAAUUUCCUCGCCGCAGGACGGAAUCUGCCUCGGACUAGAACUGCAUUUGCCCGGGGCCGCUGUUAAAUUGCGUUCAUUAAUUAAGUCUCUCACCGCAUUGCUUAACAUCGCCCUGGCGGGACUGGCGUUACGUUGCUAGCUGCACUCGGGCGAAAAAUUCCGGUUUCCGCGCGUGCCUCCUUUUGAGUUCCUCUUGUUCGAGGCGCGGCGCGGCGAGAUGAUUAUGGAAAGAACAGCAGGAAUGGACAACGAGCGCCAGUUUGAUCACCAGUUGGACGACGGCAUCGAGAGCAUGCUGCCAUCCAGCCUUCGCAAAAUUUUCCUGGAACUUGAUCCGAAUCCCCCUCUUCCCGCAGGCUGGGAGAAAUGUUUGGACUUACAGUCGGGCAAUAUCUAUUUUAAAGAUAGGAUCACCGGGACAAGCACGUACAAGGACCCUCGGAAGAAGCUGUCGAGCCCAUUGCGCAAUUCUUUCGGCGCUGGUCUGUCUGGCUUGAGUGAUCCCGGCUUGGGUGCGAAGAAACACUCCAGGAAUAAGAGCUCCACGCUCGAGGAGAAGCUCUCCAACUGGAAUGAUCAUCUCGCCUCUGGGGAGGCGACCAAGCUCGAACUCUCGCUGAAGUUCGAUUGUGGCAGUACCUUAACGAAGGACGGCGAGGGCCUUCUCAACGGGACCGUCUUUUCCUCGAAGACGGAAGACAUUUCGGCUGCAGUGGAGGAAUCGAGUGUGUGUACUGUUGAGAAAGUGAAGGAUGCUUUGAAGCGCUCGCAUUUCCGAAGUCUGAGCAGGAACAAUUCCGGUUGCACCAAUUCCAGCCUGACUUCUCUGCAAGCGCUGUCUCUGAAUCUUCCGUCUCCUCCCUCGCCUUCGUUCAAGGCUUGCCGCCCCGCUUGGUCCUGCGCAUCGUCGAGCUCUUCCCAUUCUUCCUCCCAUUCCAUCAUGAGCUUCCAAGGAGAGGAAUCGGACGACUUGAAGGAGGAGGCGAGCUCGUGCGGCAAGGCUUGUGACACUACGAACGCGAGCGUGUUCGCCGACGAUGAAUCAGGAGUCAUGGUUACUCUUGGCUGCCAACGCUGCCUCAUGUACAUUAUGCUUCCGAAGGCCAAUCCUUGCUGUCCCAAGUGCGGAAGCGGUGACUUGCUGGAGAUUCUACCAACUUCGUUGCCCAAGAGGCAAAAGGUCGAGUAACGCUGUGUGGGCUACAUACUCGUAGCACUUACGGUCCCCAAAAGGGGGGACUUCUCCUUCUCUCAGAAAGAACCAAUUUCGAAGAAUCUCGCGUUCUCUUUGGUUCAAGCCGGCAGAAAGAAAUAGCAAUAGAAGGAUACAGCUUGGUGUCUUUGUAUAUUACAUUAUUCAAGCAUCUGCCGGAAAUUGUCAUAGGACAUGGUCGAAACACCAGUUUACAAGUAGGUCGUCAACAAAGUUGAACCCGAAGCAAUGUAGAUUUUCAGUCAUGAUUUCGGUGACGAGAUAGACUUCCGGGUUUCUCAGUUUUGGUGGGUCUAUGAAUCAGCAGACCCUUAAAAAAUGUCACCCAUAGAAAGUUCAUGUAGCUUUAGCGGACAAAAGUACCAGAAGAAAGUCUUUGAUCUCUGAAGACCUACAUCUACACCAGGUGGAGAAUGUUUUUUCUCAGUCGGGCCCAACUUCGAUGAUUGGUUGACACAAGGCUGGUGGAACAGUGUACACGAAAUCCGGGAUCGCUCCGAGUUGAGGAACUUCAACUUCUAGCUCUGUAAUGUCCACUUCAGUGUUAAUAAAACUCGUGAGUCGCGACAAUGCGACUGCUCCAUGAUCUGUUAUUCUC